AUGGCGAGUGACCACGCGGAGGAGCGGCGAAGCUGGUGCGCGAGCGUGACAUCGGCUUGUGCUGAGUGGGUGUCCGAUAUGGGUGGAUGCUUGGAAGCGGGUGGGGAAAUUGAGUGCUCUGCGGCAGUAGGCAUGAUAGAAGUUUCGUUCCUCAGUGCGUUCCAGGAGAUGAUAUGGUCGUCGGUCGAGGUGUGCCACAUCACCGCGCGAGGGCAGCGCUGUCGGUUCAGGCCGCUGGACCAGCGGCUAGCAACUCACCCGUUCGACCGGCAAGCGGCUUGGAGACUGGACGGGAGCAUGCCUGUUGGAGAUGACAACAAUGAAUGCGAGGGUUGGGGGUUCGGCAACCUUGUGGAUGCUAUUGUGGCGACCACGAUUGACGAGUGGGUGCUGGGUGGAUUGGCGGUCACGACAGAAUGCUAUGCAGAAAAGGGGACGUCUGGCGUCAGUGCAGCCCUCCCCGCAAAGGAAGGGUUCUUGCUGAAGCGCGUCUGGCGACGCUCCGAUUUGUCGAUAUUUCGGGUUUAG